AUGUCCCUUUCAUGCCGAGCAGCCAAAUCCUGCCGGAUUUGCUCCCCCGGCGCAUCGCAGCACAUCAUCCAGCUGUCGCAACGAUCCGGAGUUCGAAGAUUUGGUUCCUUCAUUCGAAAUUCACGGCCCGCGCUUCCUUCGACAAUUUACAGCGAAUCUAAGCAUGCUAUAAUCGCAGGAGCAAGUGGGAGAAAAUGGCGGCAGGGUAAAGUUCGAGAAUUAGCGACAAAUACACCUCCAGAGGUCCCAGAUUUGACAGGUCGGAAAGAGGAGAUUUAUACUUUGAUUGAUACCAUCCACGAACAUGAAGAUGAACUUGCGGAGUUAUUUGAAGAUUUUCUGCCAUUUGAUGAAUUUUCUCAUAUCAUCGAUACACGAAGUUGGGGCAUGGACGAUGUGUUCAGCGCCACGAUCGGCCAUAGGAAUUACGAAUCGCUUGAGAAUAAAGUGCGAAACGCCAGACAACAAUUUGGCGAAUACCUACCGGAAGACCACUUGAACGAGCCAGAAUUGGAGCUUUACAAUCGAUUGUAUGGCGAGGCUUUAUUUAGACCGGCCGAAUCGGACGUGAUUGACGAACGAGAGCCGGAUAUACUGUUGAGAGAUGAUGGAGAGGGAGGCUACGAGGAAAUUGAUGUCCCACCUGUCGACGCCGAAGGGGAGAUACCUGUGGCAUACGCAAUGGAGCAAGAGAUCUUGGACGCAGAUGAAGAAAUCCCCAUGAACCGUGCGAAACAAGUCGCAGAGCGAUUGGGUGGCAUCUUGCUGGAGCCGGGGUCAGAAGUCGAAGAGGAAGAAUCAGAAAGCGGUCCUAGAAUACAUCCGCUGACUGCGGCUGGAAAAUACUCUACCGAGCCAAGAACUGUAUUUAUCCCCAAGGAUUCAGUAACUGGCCCGAUUUCAGUCAUUCUGUCCAACUAUUCCAACAAACACAUCGCUGAAGCUGCCCACAAAGUUUUUGGGGGGCAACGACUGCCGCAUUCUACGACCACCUUGCCACCCAGUGCUCAAAUUGCCCAAACGCCCAUUCCGCUCUCCGCUUCUCAACACCAAAUGAGUGAUAUGGAAGCAAAUGCGUACCUUGCCGCUCUCUACCCUGGCAUCUAUGCGUCUACACUUAGCGUGCUCGCCGAGGUUAGAAAACGUCUUGGCAGUAAAUGGCUACGAGAUUUGAUGAUGCAGGAAACAGGACCUCGAGUUUUGGAUGCUGGUGGCUCCGGAGCAGGAAUUCUAGCAUGGAGGGACGUUCUUCGGGCCGAGUACGAGACUAUGGUACCGGACCAUCCGAAAGAUGCGCCGAUUCCUACGGGCAAAUCUACUGUGCUAGCAGGGUCUGAUGCUCUACAAAUGCGUGCGAGCAUACUACUAGACAAUACAACAUUUCUCCCUCGACUCCCUGAUUACCUUCAUGUCCGUGAUAGCAGCACUUUAGAUGACGAGCGAGCACCGCCGAAGAGAAAACAGUUUGAUGUUAUUAUCGCCCCUCAUACCCUUCUUGAGAUUGACGAGGAUUAUCUACGAAAACAGCACGUGAAAAAUUUGUGGACCAUGCUGAACCCUAAUGGUGGAGUUUUGAUUCUAUUAGAAAAAGGCCGCCAAAAGGGAUUUGAGGCUAUAGCAGGAGCCAGAGAAAUGCUACUGGAAAAGCAUAUUGCCAGUCCUGGAUCAACCGAAUACGAAAGUCUAACGGAGUCCGGCGAUCAAGGGUCUAUUCAGAAGGAAGCUGGUAUGAUUAUCGCUCCUUGCACGAACCACGGCAAGUGCCCAAUGUAUCAUAUACACGGGCAUGCCAAGGGUCGAAGCGAUUACUGUCACUUCGAGCAACGAUAUAUUCGACCUCCAUUCUUGCAGCGUAUCGUCGGAGCCACAGAUCGCAACCACGAAGACGUCCAGUUCAGCUACGUAGCUGUUCAGCGAGGGGUUGACCUGCGACAGACGGAAUCUAUGGUCCAAGGCAAAGCCGCUACCGAUGCCGCAUUUGAAGGUUACGAAGAUAGUUUUUCUCCUGAAGAUGGUGAAUCGGCACAGACGUCUACCAUCAACCCACUAUCACUUCCACGCACUGUACUACCACCAAUGAAACGCCGCGGCCACGUCAUCUUCGACUUCUGCACACCCGAGGGCAAGAUUGAGCGAUGGACGGUCCCACGCUCAUUCAGCCGUCAAGCCUACCACGACGCCCGCAAAGCACGCUGGGGCGAUCUCUGGGCUCUGGGGGCCAAGACCCGAAUCCCACGAAAUCUGAAACUGGGCAGCGCAGCAAGCACAGAAAGCAAGAAGGAGAGACUACAACGUCGCGCAGCUACCAAGAUCGCCCAAAUGACUGGCGAUGAAGAAGCUGGCGAUGAGUUGAAUCUCGGACUGGAUGAAGUAGAAGAGCGAAAGGGAACAGCUGCGCCGGCGCUAGCGAAUGCGCUCCAGAAUCAGGCGAGGUCUUUGGAGCGGAGGAAGAAGGGGCAUAACAUUCCUACCUGGAAGAGACAUGCGGAUAAGAAGAAGAUCCGACAGGCUGUGAGGAAGGCUUCUUCAAAUACGGCGGAAGAGGAGUUCAUCUAG